CCGGUCAAAUGUUCCCGUCCUACAAUAGCCGGCGACUCAAUCAGCGUCGACUACCGCGGCACCCUCCUCACCACUGGCGCCAUCUUCGAUGAAUCCUACAAGCGUGGCCAGCCCAUCACCUUCACCCUCGGGGUAGGACAAGUCAUAAGUGGCUGGGAUGAAGGCCUGAUGAAUAUGUGUCCGGGGGAGGAGCGAAAGUUGACAAUUCCCCCGGACAUGGCGUAUGGACAUUGGGGCCAUCCGCCUGCUAUACCCAUGGAUGCGACUUUGGUCUUUGAGACAAAGUUGGUGGAUAUCGUUGGGGUGAAGCAGGAGGAGAUUACGUUCGCUCCUUCAUCCACUUCGACGGUGGAAACGGCGACUACCACGGAGCCCACCUUUGGCAUUGCCACUGCGCCUUCGAAGCCGCCGCCAAGUUCCGAUGUAGAUGAUGCAAAGGAUGACAUUGCGCUGGAGCCCACCACGGAAGCUGGAGAAUGUCGUCUACUCGGACCCUUUGCACUGCUGGUACAGGGAGCUCUCGGAUCCGUGGCUCUACUGGCCCUCGUCUUCAAGCGCUGGCGUGAAACCCCCAAACGGCCUUGGAAAAUCUUCUUCUUCGAUGCCAGCAAGCAGGUCUUGGGUUCUUGCCUAACUCACGUCCUGAACUUGAUGAUGAGUAUGCUGGGAUCGGUGGAUAUGAUGAAUACUGCUCAAAAAGCCGCAAUCGCUACAUUUGCGGCCAAGGCGGCGGAAGGAGAUACUGGCGGUGGAAGUGCACCCCCGGACAUUCCCAAUCCGUGCAGCUUCUAUCUGCUCAAUCUUGCUAUUGAUACCACCCUCGGCAUUCCAGUCCUCUACCUCCUCCUCCGUGUCCUCCACAAAGCUUUCAGCUACACCCCUCUCGCUCGACCGCAAGAAUCCAUCAAAUCCGGCCAUUACGGAACUCCACCGCACACCAGCUGGUGGUUCAAGCAAUCCAUCAUCUACUUCAUCGGCCUCACAGGCAUGAAACUCUUCGUCUUCCUCCUCUUCCAAAUGCUGCCCUGGCUACCGUGGGUGGGCGACUGGGCACUCGCGUGGACCGAAGGCAGGGAAUGGCUGCAAAUCGCAUUCGCCAUGUUCAUUUUCCCGUUGGCGAUGAACAUGGUGCAGUACUGGAUUAUUGAUAGCUUUAUUAUGGAAAAGAGGACUGGGGAGAAGGAUGCUGGAGGGGUGUAUGAGCGUGUGCAAGGGGAGUACGACGACGAUGGAGAGGAU